AUGGCAAAUAAAUGGCAGAAAGUAGGACAAUCUCUGAAUCGACUUUUACAAAAUCAGGUAUAUUGGUUAGACAAGAUUAUAUAUAGAAUAAAUAAUGGUUCUGAAGAAAACACAUCUUCGGAUGAGGAACAAGAACCUCCUUGUCGCUCAGUUGGACGGCCACGGGUGCCAUUUGAAGAGGCAUCCAAGAAAACAAAACGAAGACGUGUAGCUGAACUAACCACAGACAGAUUUGCAAAUGAACUUCAAUUUGCUGUAAAUGUCGUUUCUGGAAGCAGUCACAGUGAGGUCUCGCCACAAAUUUUUAGUUUUAGUACAGCUGAAGCUUUAGCCCUUAUGGUAGAUUUGGAUAUAUCCAUUAAAACCAAAGAAGGGCACUCUUAUAUAAUUGAAGUUGAUAUGAUGUUAACAAUGUUGGACGGCAGUGUUGGAAACGUUCUAUCAGAGACAAAUUCAACUAUGAAGUGCAUCAUUUGCGGAGCCACACCCAAGGACAUGAACACGUUAGCAGGGAUUAACCGUCCUCCUAACGUAGACAAUUACCGGUUUGGUUUGUCAACUUUACACUGCUGGAUUCGUUUUUUUGAAUGCUUACUCCAUAUUGGAUACCGCCUGCCAAUUAAAUCUUGGCAGGUUCGUGGGCCUAAAAACAAAGCUGUAGUCGAAGCAAACAAAAAACGAAUCCAAGCAGAGUUCAGAGCCAAGCUUGUCGCUAAUAGUUGA